ACCAUUCGUCACAAUAAAGUCACAAAGCGGCGUUUCUCUCUCGUCGUAUUUGUAGUCUUUUCCACCCUUUCAUACUUAUCACCAACAUACCACCAUGGGAAGAAAGCUCGAUGCUCUUCUUGGCCGGAAAUUCAAAACCUCCAAGUUCAAAGCCACGGUUAACCUCGCGGUUUCACGCGUAACCGUUUUAAAAAACCAGCGCCAGGCUCGGCUCGCGGUGGCCCGCUCUGAUAUCAUCCAGCUUCUUAACCUCGACCACCACGAAAACGCUCUUCUUCGGGUUGACCAAGUGAUUAAGGAGCAGAACAUGUUGGAUGUGUUGGUAAUGGUUGAUGGUUAUUGUCAUGUAGUUUUGCAGAUGGUUAAUCUUAUAGAAAAAGAAAAGGAUUGUCCGGAUGAACUGAAAGAAGCAGUAUCAAGCUUGCUGUAUGCAGCUCCGAGAUGUGGAGAGUUCCCGGAGCUUCAAGAGGUUCGCGAAAUCCUCACGUCGCGUUACGGGAAGGAAUUUGCUCGUGGCGCGAUUGAGUUACGAAGUAACUGUGGUGUUAAUACAAGGAUGAUACAAAAACUGUCACCACGACAGUCGAGCUUGGAGACCAGAAUGAAGGUCUUGCAAGAGAUCGCCGUUGAGAAUGGCAUCGUUCUUAAAUUCGAAGAUUCGUCUCCGGUGGUUAAAGAGGUGGAGGAAGAAUCUACACAAAGUGUUUUGGACGAUGAAGUUGUUGAAGCGUUGAGUUUUUCUGAGUCUACAAAGGGAAAGAAGAAAUAUAGGGACGUAGAAGACGCUGCACAAGCCGCGUUUGAAUCCGCGGCCUAUGCAGCGGCCGCCGCCAGGGCGGCCGUGGAGCUUUCUAGAUCACGAUCAUUCGGUUCAGAUAACCCCGACAGCCCAAACUCGCGGCCAAGAAAAGUACUCGGUUCAAACAAUGAAAAAUCAAAACUCUGGAUGAAAAAUGAGAAAACACUCGAGUCUGAAUCAGAACCCGAACAAGAGGGUGAAAUAAAAACACCGAAGAAUGAUUCGAAUCCAUUGGUGAAGAGUAUGGUUUUUGAUGAAAGUGACAAUGAGAUUGAGAACGAACAAAGAGAUUAUUCGUCAACAAAACAAGUAGAGUUUAAAUCUGGAAACACCGAAUCAGGAUUUGGGGACGAGUUGAAGAUACAACAACUAGAUUUGACGAAGAGGCCGAUAUCUGUGAGGACUAGACGAGUGUAUGGACGAUGACGAAUGUUAUAGGGUGUGAUUGUGUUCUAUGUUUUUUUUUUUUUUUU